AGGGUUUAGGGUUAGGGCAGGCCGUCUUGCAUUCUUGGGGAGGAGCGAGGGAGGAGCGCCAUGAAGACGAUCCUGUCCUCGCAGACGAUGGACAUCCCCGAGGGGGUGAAGGUGGAGAUCAGGGCGAAGCAGAUCCGCGUGUCGGGGCCCCGCGGCGUUCUCCUCCGGAAUUUCAAGCAUCUCAACCUGGAUUUCCAGAUGCUGGAGAAUGGGAGGAAGCUCAAGGUGGAGGCCUGGUUCGGAUCGCGCAAGACCAUCGCUGCCAUCCGCACUGCCGUGAGCCACGUCAAGAAUCUCAUCACGGGAGUGACCAAGGGCUUCCAGUACAAGAUGAGGUUCGUCUACGCUCAUUUCCCCAUCAACGCCAACAUCUCGGCCACCAAGCAGAACAUCGAGAUCCGCAACUUUCUGGGCGAGAAGAGAGUGAGAACCGUGGACAUGCUCCCCGGCGUCACAGUGACCAGGACAGAGAAGGUCAAGGACGAGCUUGUUCUCGAGGGGAAUGACAUCGAGCUUGUCUCGAGAUCCGCUGCUCUCAUCAACCAGAAAUGCCAUGUGAAGAACAAGGACAUCAGGAAGUUCUUGGAUGGUAUCUACGUGAGCGAGAAGGGGACGAUCGCGGAGGAAGAGUAGCUUAUGGUAUGAGGACGUUUUUUCUCUUAUGUUUCGUUUUUUUGGAAGCCAAUCGAAGACUGAUUGAUUAAAUAUCUAGAAAACUUUCUUAUA